UAUUUUUUUUGUCUCAUUGUUGAUAAUUGGGCUGCAAUUUGAAAAAAUUGUACACCUAUGUCGUCCGUUUGUCCGUCCUUAAUCUCAAUAACGGUGUUAGAUGAAUGUCAAGACCAGAUAGGAACCCCGAUUAAUUAUAUAUAUAUACAGUCAAACCAUUUUUUAAUUGCAGAGAAAAGGAACCAAAAGAAAUUUUCAUGUAAACACUGUAAGAAGAAUUUCAAAACUAAACAAAGUUUGGAAACUCAUGAAAGAAUCCACACUGGAGAAAAGCCUUACACUUGUGACAAGUGUAAACACAAAUUUACACAAAAAGGAAAUUUAAUUAAACACAUUUGGACCCACACCAGAGAAAAGCCUUACAGUUGUGAUACAUGUAAACAGAAGUUUACAACUAAACAAAGUUUGGAAAUUCAUGAAAGAAUCCAUACAGGAGAAAAGCCUUACACUUGUGGCAAGUGUAAACGGAAGUUUUCAUAUAGAGGAAACUUAAUUAGACACCUUCGAAUCCACACCGGAGAAAAGCCUUACAGUUGUGAUACAUGUGAACAGAAGUUUAGAACUAAAGAAAGUUUGGAAACUCAUGAAAGAAUCCACACUGGAGAAAAGCCUUACACUUGUGACAAGUGUGAACAGAAGUUUUCUCAAAAGGCGAACUUAAUUAAACACCUUCGAAUCCACACCGGAGAAAAGCCUUACAGUUGUGACAUAUGUAAACAGAAGUUUACACAAAGGAAUAACUUAAACAGACAUCUUCAAAUCCACACCGGAGAUAAACCGUAUGAAUGUCAAUAAUGUCCAGCGAAAUUCUUUCGAAACAGAGCUAAAAAAAAAAAAAAAUGUUACAGUAUUCACACUCAAAAAUAGA